GGUUUUUGAAAGUUUAGUUAGCAUCGUUAGUUCAACAGUUUCAAAGUUAUUACAAUUCAUUAUUAUAAUUUUUUAUAGCCAAGGAAAAGCUUGAUUUAUCUAUACAUGUUGGGUGAAUACUUUGCGUUUUAAUUUUAAUAAUAAUUUUUUUUAUUCUGAUUUGAGACGAUACGAUUUGAUAUAUUUGAAUUUGAACUGUCACAUAAAAAUGGAUACAUCUGCAAGAACAUCCUUGGCCAUCAUCAGCGUCCUCAUCUACUUAACAACCUUCAUCUUUAGAUCCAACUGCAACACCGUUGUGACAUUCAACUCGAAACUCGCUCAUCCGACCGAAUACAACACACCUCUUGAGGUUGAUACUGCCUCACACGAAUACUCGACCGACGAUUUGGAGGGCAACAAAUACUACAACGAUUCUGUCAACAACGGUGAGAAUUUCGAACGCGAAAAUGUGGAAGAAUAUGACAUGAUCAGUGCACAUGAACGCAUGAAAAGCCAUCCAUUCAACGAACUAUCAGCCUCUGGCAACACAGCCGACCUCGAGAAAUCAGCACGUCGUCAGUUAAAAAGCAAAAACAAACAAGCGGAAAGAAAAAUUUCAGAUGUUGUAAAGAUCAAACCAUUCGAUAUUUUGAAGGGUGGUCCUACAAAUCGUAACAGAAAGCAGCAGAACAAGCGCCAGCACCAGCCACAACUACCACAAAAACGUCCGCAGGCACAGAAACCGUCGAAAAAAUUCCCUCCGAAAAAUCAGAUGAAAGGAGAGAUGAACGAGAAGAUAGUGAUGGAUAAGAAGGCCUACCUGAAAGAAGAUUGGUGCAAAACAAAGAGAUACAACCUCGAGAUCAAAGAACCGGGCUGUCUGGCGAAAAACAUCAAAAAUAAUUUCUGCUACGGCCAGUGCAACUCUUUCUACAUUCCUAGAAACCCCAUCAAGACGUUCGCAUACGUCGACCAGCAAUCCAACUUUAAAACGAACAAAACGCCUGGCAAGGAAAUUAUCUACAGAGAGGAAGAGGAAGAAGAUGAAGAUGAUGGCGACACUGAGGACGAUGGCAGCAUGCAGUCGAAAGAUUACUUCAUGUCUUGCGCUUCCUGUGUAGCUCAGUCGGUCAAAUGGAAGAAGGUGGUUUUGAACUGCCCGAGAAAGAGGCCCCCCUACGUGGUCAAGAAGGUGCGGGUGGUCCAGAGGUGCAAAUGUGUGGCAGUCGUCAUUAACUGAGUUUUGUACUUUUGGGAAUAAUGUAUUAUACAAUGCAAACAUCAGCCUCAUCAUCAAAUCUCUGUAUUUUUGAAUUUCACAAUGAAUAUAAUACUCUUUAUUUACAGUGUAGUUAUUUCAAUUCUUGAUAUUUUUUUCAUUGAGAAAGAUGAGAGGAUGAUUUUUUUUUAUAAACAAAUACAAAAACUGCUUUUUGUUGAAGGAGAUUUUUUUAAACUGUACAUAUGCAUUCACUAAUCUUAAUUAUAUGUAUAGGUAAACGCUUCAGUUGAAUAAAAAAAAAUUUUUUGAAAAAUGUACAGUCAUUUUUUUAUUUUAUCUUUUAUCUGGACCUUUCUAUGUAAAUUCAUUCUAUAUUUUUCGCUUUUUUCAAAAAAAUUAAAUAAAUCUUC